AUGAUGAUGAUGAUGAUGAUGUGUCAAACAACAACUGCGUUUUCCCCGUCGUUCUCCUCCACUCUCGCGAAAAAGAAGAACUCGAGGAUCGCGAAAACGCGGGGAAUAACAACAACAACAGCGACGACGCAAUCGUUCGGUCCGUGCUCUUGCCACGGCGGCGACCAUCUCUCCGCCGAACGCAAAGCUGAACUCGUGUCUGUUUGCGAACAAAUCGGCACCGCGGGGAAAGGCAUCACCGCCUGCGAUGAAGGACCAGGGACGAUUGGCAUGCGCUUAGAAAACGUCGGGAUGGUGAACACGGAAGAGAACCGAAGAGCGUACAGGCAGAUGUUGUUUGAAUCGCCGAACGCGAAUAAGUACUUAUCCGCGGCUAUUCUCGACCCGGAGACGUUGUAUCAGAAAUCGAACUCGAAGAAGCACGACGGGAAACUGUUCCCGCAGGUGUUGAGCGAGAUUGGGAUCGUUCCGGGAGUGAAGCCGCACUUGAAAGUUUACGCGUUGCCUGGUCAAUCUGGAGCGACCGUCAUGCAAGGUUUGGAUUCGUUGGCGGUGAGAUUGCAAGAAUAUAAAGACGCCGGAUGCAAAUUUGCCAAGUGGAGAUCGCCGAUGGAUAUCGACAUCGUUAACGGUCAACCGAGCGAUUUGACCAUCGAGACGAACAUGUUGGAUUUAGCUCGAUACGCGUUAAUUUGCCAAGACGUUGGUUUGGUUCCAAUUGUCGAACCAGAUGUCUCGUUGAAAGGCGAUCACGAUUUAGAAACCGCGGUGAGAAUCAACGUUAAGAUCCAAUCCGUGUUGUUUAAAGCGAUGUUAGAUCACGGCGUGUACAUGGAAGGCGCUUUGUUGAAAUCGAACAUGGUCAACCCGGGUAAAAACUGUUCGAAAACGUACACGGUCGAUGAAAUCGCCGAAGCGAACUUGGAAGUUUUCCGAAGAUGCUUCCCGACGGCGAUGCGCUCGGCGAACUACUUGUCCGGCGGACAAAGCUUAGAAGACGCGGCGGCUCGAUUGGAUGCCAUCAACAAGAAGAAAACUGUUCGAGAUCCGUGGAAUUUAUCCUUCUCCUGGUCAGCGGCGUUACAAAUGCCUUUGUUCGAGUUGUGUCGAGGCAAAGACGAAUUGCCGUUGCAAGAGAUGGAGAAAUUGUACGUGAAAGAGUUGGAAGUCGCCGGUAAAGCCGCGUUGGGGAAACACAAGAGAACCGGGACGGAUGGCGACCACAUCGGUAAGUGA